AUGUGGGUGGCAUGCGUGAUCUCAUUUGACGAGUCCCAUUCACAUGAAAAACACUUCUUAUUGAGCACAGCUGCCAUCCGUCUGACUGAUAGGGAGCUCUAUUAUCGUGCUGAUGGUGAAGAACACUCUCAUUCGGCGGGUAACGAUAAGCACAUCAGUGAAAGCGACAAUGACAGCGACAAGGACGACGAUGACAGCCAUUCGCAAGAAAUCGCUGUGAACUCGCAAAUAUCAAAUGCUUUUUCCAACAAGCAGAGCUUCUCAUGUCCUCGGGCUAAACCGCUUCUGCACACGGGAGAGUCGUUGGCCGACCUCUCGCCAGAAGAUAUCGAUAUCGUUGCAGCCAUGGGAGACGCGCUUACGGCUGGUCGCGGUUUAUGGGAGGGUACAGACGUUGAGUUUCGAGGUGCGGCUUUUCCAAUAGGAGGUGAUGCGACUAUCGAUGGACUUGUUACCAUUCCGAACAUUCUACUGGAGUUCAACGAAAAGUUGGCCGGCGUUUCACAUGGCAUGGGAAAGCGACUGCAUCUUCCGGACUACCAGCUAAACGUUGCUCAGUCAAGUACCGAGACAGAGGACCUCCCAGAACAAAAAAUAAAUAUUGAAGAUUUGGAAAGUAAGAAAGGUCCUUCAGGGCUACCGAGCUUGUGCGUCGUCUUCACUCCUUCAUGUCCAAGAGGCGAAUUGGAGGAAAAAUGGGCUUUUGUGACGAUUGCUACAGGCACUGAAGAGUUCUGCAAUCACUGCGACACUCCUAAUCACUCUUCCAUUCGACGUGCACUGGGCAUUCUUCGCAAAGGCAUUCCUAAAGCUUUCGUCGUUCUUCUCGGGCCAGUACACGUCGCUUCAUCCUACGAGCUGCAUAUAAAUCUUCUCAGAAGAUAUUCUCAAUACAGCUGUCACUGCGACACUCCUGAUUACUAUUCCAGUCGACGUGCACUGGGCAUUCUUCGCAAUAGCAUUCCGAAAGCUGUCGUCGUUCUUCUCGGGCCAGUACACAUCGCUUCAUCUUACGAGCUGCAUAUAAAUCUUCCCAGGUUUUCUUACUAA